AAACCCGUAGUAUCAACCACUAUGCAGUUACGAUUUCGAAAUCAUUCGGAUCAUAUUUAAAUGCACCCGAUUGGCUCGCUGAUUUAUUCUAGAUCAUUUAAAUAGCGAAUCAGGGGCGCGUUCUUGACACUGGACCGCUGGAGUCCGCGGUGUGCGUUCGAUUUUCAAAUUGUUUUUUUUUUAUUUGUGCGGAGUGAAGUGUUUGUGCUUGCCAAUUUUGUGCCAUUCCGAAGUAAGCAGCAGCCAUGAUUCCUAGCUCACUCAUCCCAGUCACUAUACUCCUUCUAUCACUUCACACCAUCAUGGCUGAAGAAGGUUACCUCCGCUACGUCAAAGAUGGCUGCUUCCUCCGCGGCGAGGCACUUUCCUGCGUCAAAUAUAAAGCAUUAAAAGUAGCUAAGAAAACAUUAUUCGGUGACGAUAUCAAUGGAAACGAAACCAUCAGAGCCAACAACAUGAUCAGUUUUGUACCAUUAGAUCAAGAAACUGUAGAUAAGUUAAAUAUAAAGAAAGAAGAAAUAGAAGUGAGUGAACCGAGAGGGUUUUUAUCGGAGUGGGCGGAACUGACGAAGUAUGCAGUGAAGGUUGUGAAGGAGUUCUUCAGGAUGAAGGGGAUGAAGGUGAAUUUGCCGGAAGGAGCGAGGACUAUUGAGGAAGAAGAUGUAGAUGAUGGUCGCGGCCGCAGAAAGAAGUUGGCAGUAGUCGUCCCCCUCCUCACCCUACUAGCAGCACUGAAGACCAAACUGCUUCUAAUCCCGAUUCUCCUAGCAGUUCUCCUGAUAAAGAAACUCCUCCUGGUCGCCGCCCUCCUACUGCCAGGUCUCCUGAGCACGCUCAAGGCUUGCAAGCACCACCAUCACAGUCCCAGCUACUCCUUUUUCGGCAGCAGCGACUCCUCAGACUACAACUCGGACUACGGCAGCAGCUAUGCCUACUCCUCAGGAAAUGGAUACGCCAAGGACUGGGCUGCGAACAGGGCGUAUAACAUGCAGAAGCCUAGGCCUACUCCUUCCCCUAUGUACAUUACAGCUCCUGGUGGUGUUGCGUAGAUUUAAAGUACAGUUUACGAUACAAGUGCGGAAAGCAAGAAAUUCGCAACGAGUGGCGAUAAAACACGACCAAAGGGAGUGAUUUGAAUCCACACGAGUUGUGAAUUACCUAUUCGCACGUGUAUCGUACGAUAUUAUACAGUACAUAUGGUUACAUACAUACCCUUUAAACUUUCGACACAGGCACGGAAAGUGCUUAUUCCCGCACUAGUGCGGGAAAGUAUCAACAUAUGUGCUGUAAAAAGAAUUUAAUUUUUAGCAAACAGAAACGUCUGCGAACGUUGCUAUUAAGCUUAGGAUAAAUUUUAAAGUGGAAAAAUUACUGUCUUGGUUGAGAUUGAACUCAGGGCCUCUGAAUCGAUACUUCAGCGCCCUGUCAUCUGAGCCACCAAGACCUCAUCCAUAGCCAGCAAAUAUUUCCACCAUAUGGGUCUAGGGGACCCUAGCGACAUCUAUCGUAAGAGCGUUGCACUUCUUACACGGCUACCGGAAUUUCAAGACAUAUUGGAAAUUCACCAGUUACGACACCCAAGACAGUAAUUUUUCCACUUUUAAUGUUCCAGUGGUCUAAGAUAAAAUCAAAAAAGUGCUUUGAAACACUCGCAGCGCUCAAGUUUCCAAUUUUCGAACCACUCGCUAAGUUUAUUGGUUUUAUUUUGGAAUCUUUCGCUUGCUCGCGUAUCAAUAUUAGCACGAUAGGUUAAACAACAACUUUGCCCGUUGUAAAAGAAAUAACAAUUUUUGUGACCAUCGAAUAAACAAAAACACUGUGUAAUGGCAAAUAUUGAAAUAAUAAUUAUAUAAAAAUUCAUGACACUUACUUUAAAACAUAGUACAAGUAUUUAAUAGUCUCAUGUAAUU